AAUACAACUGAUUUUCCCACCAAACAAGUUUUUCUGAUUCCAAUUUCCAUUCCAACCCCCCUUCUUCUUCCUCUGAAAACCCUAAAAAAACCCAUACUCCUUUUGAUUCGAUCAACUGAGGUUCUUUCAAGUUAUAAGUUUUCAUUUUCUUUCAAGAAUCAGAUGAAACCAACAAUGACGUCGAUCAGUAACCUCCUCCUCAUCCCGUUGAUCGCUCUAAUUUCCACCACGCUUGCCCAAUCCGAUCAACAAAGUAACUAAACCAUCGUCCGGCUUACAUGGCAUUCGUCGUAAAUUCAACCCAACUACCACCGGACGACACCUACGACUACAUAAUAGUCGGCGGCGGCACCGCCGGUUGCCCACUGGCAGCAACAUUAUCCAAAAACCACCGUGUCUUGGUUCUUGAACGAGGAGGUCUUCCUUUCUCAAACCCUAACGUCAUGACACGUGAGGGUUUUCUCCCCACACUCACCCACAAUGAUCAAUCUGACUCACCAGCGCAAACGUUUACUUCAGAGGACGGUGUCCCCAAUGCCCGUGGCCGCGUUCUUGGCGGCAGCAGCGCCAUUAAUGCCGGCUUCUACAGCCGUGCAGACGAAGACUUCUACGAAAGAUCCGAGAUCGAUUGGGACCGCCGCGUGGUGCAGCGCGCUUAUGAGUGGGUGGAGAAGGCCAUUGUGUUUCAACCCGAGUUGCAGACGUGGCAAUCGGCUGUUCGUGAUGGGUUGUUGGAAGUGGGUGUGGAGCCUUAUAAUGGGUAUAGCUUGAAUCACACUCUGGGUACCAAGAUUGGCGGGUCCACGUUCGACACCUCCGGCCGCAGGCAUAGUGCUGCUGAUCUGUUGAAUCUGGCUAAUGCAUCUAAUAUCAAGGUGGGUCUGUAUGCUAGUGUGGAGAGGGUUUUGUUUGCCCCUUCGUAUUCGCUGACGUCCAGGCAGAUUGCAAACGGGGUUGUGUUUCGUGACAGGGCUGGUGGGUAUCAUCAUGCGAUGCUGCGGGAUCAUGGAGAGGUGAUCCUUUGUGCGGGUGCUAUUGGUAGCCCGCAGCUGCUGCUUCUUAGCGGCGUUGGGCCUCGCCCUUAUCUCUCUUCUUGGGGGAUACCAGUGGUGCGUCAUUCCCCGUAUGUGGGGAAUUAUCUGUAUGACAACCCGCGCAAUGGGAUAUCAAUUGUGUCGCCUGUUCCACUGGAGCAAUCUCUAAUACAGGUGGUGGGGAUCACCGAUUCGGGUGCUUAUCUUGAAGCAGCCUCCAAUGUACUCCCUUUUACUUCGCCUGCGUAUUCUGUUUUCCUGAGGCCGUCGUCUUCUCCCCUGUAUCUUACUGUUGCCAGCAUCAUGGAGAAGAUUAUUGGGCCGCAUUCUUCUGGUACGCUUCGGCUGGCAUCUACUGAUGUGAGAACCAACCCCAUUGUGCGGUUUAACUACUUCAGUAACCCACUGGAUUUGGAGAGGUGUGUGAAUGGGAGCCGAAAGAUUGGAGACUUGCUUAGAAGUCGGGCUAUGGAUGAUUUCAAGUUCUGGGAAUGGUCUGGUACGGACUUCAGAUUUGUGGGUCCUGCCUUGCCGGUUGACCAGUCGAAUAAUGCGCUGAUGGGUGAGUUCUGUCGGCGGACGGUGAGCACAAUAUGGCAUUACCAUGGAGGGUGUGUUGUGGGGAGAGUGGUGGAUCACAGUUUGAAGGUUAUGGGUGUCCACUCUCUUCGUGUGGUGGAUGGUUCGACUUUUACUGUCUCUCCAGGGACCAAUCCGCAGGCGAGUCUUCUGAUGCUCGGCAGGUACAUGGGGAUGAUGAUUUUGAAAGAGAGAAUGCACAAGUGAAGCAAAGCAAAGCAAAGCAAAGCGCUUGCUGCUUAGUGGUGAUUUUGCAUGUGCAUAUAAAUAAAGAUAGGUGUAUUGUAUUGUGUAGUAAGUAGUAUGAGAACUUGUGCUGCUGAUUCAUUCUUUGAAAAGCUCUAUAUAUAGAUUCCAUUGUUAUAUUUUAC